GGGGGGGGGGGUGAAGGAGGGGCGAAAGAGGGCAACGACGAAUCGGGUUUCGAUGGGGGAAAGAAGCUGAAAAAGGGGUCUAAAGGAAAGAGAUUGAGGAUGGUGGGUGCCAAAGUUUUGGAAUUGAGAGAUGUGAUUAUGAGGAGAGAAGAAAAGAGGAGAGAGAGAGAGUGGAGCAAAGAGGUUGGUGAAAUGGAGAGCGAAACAUCAAGAAGGGAGAGGGAAAUGCGGAUGGAGAAGCAACUGAAAGAGAGAGAAGAAGGUAUUCAUAGGAAGGAAAUGGAAUUGGAAGAAAUGCAGAUUAAUUGGGCGAAAAGGGAAACCGAGAAACGGAUGCGGUUGGAGAGGGAACUCAAUGAGGAGAGGAGGCAGAGGAUGAAGUUGGAGGAGAAGUGGGAGGAAGAAGAGAUGGAGUGGAGGGAGAGAAUAGUUGAAAUGCAGAUUGAACAUGAGAAGCAGAUGAUGCAAAUGCAUGCUGAUGCUUGCCAGAACCAAUUGCAGAUUCUUGGGGUUGUCGCCCGGCUUGUCUGUCAGUUUUUUGGGUCGACAAGUGAUGGUUUAGGAGGGGGAAUGGGGCCUUUACCUCCACAGGUUUUGCAAAAUUUGCAGCAUUCAGGAGGCUUGGGUGAUAGUGGGAAGCCUGAUGCCACCUUGCCCUCUGAAUUUUUGUAGACUGUAUUUUUUAUGCCUUUCUACACAUAUCUUAUAUCUAGAAAUCAAAAUGCAAGGCUAAAUUGGUCUGUUUCAAUGUCAAUGUUGCCUAUGUAUGAACAUUGUUGUAAAUAGUGGAAUUGGCAUAUGAAUUUUCUCUAAUAAGCUUGAUUCAGAUGGCCUACCUUAUCAUUGAUAUAUCACACAGUUGAAACUGAUCUUUUUAGAUGAUGUUUGUACCUCAUCUGUGUUGUCUCUAGUGUAGGAUCUGAGUUAACAGAGAUGUGGUGGGAGAGUUCUGCAUUAUCAUGGUGGGAGGAGUAGCACAGGAGAUCCCAAUGUUGGCCCUUUUUGCUGUUAAGGACAUUAGCUGGAUAAAACAGAGAAGUUAUUUGUCUGAAGGGGGCCCAAGACAUUUUGUUCACAGAAGUGAAGUUCACUUCCAGUACUCUGCCUGCUUGUCAUUGGGUCCAGAAGUGAAGAGCAGCACUCGGAGUCCCUAUUUGCAUUGGGUCCAGUUUUCUGCUCUAUUCAAAGAAAACAAUCAGUAUGUUAAGUAACCUACAAAUUUUGGUUGGCCAACUGAGGCUUAGCCUCCUGGUUCUGCAAUCGGUAAGAGUAACUGUUUGGUUGUGAGAGUAGAUUCACAUAUUGGGAGAUGAAGGAGACAGUGCGACUGGCCGGAGUACCAUUUAGAUUGACGUCUAACUGAAGGAAAAUGAUCAUUUUGAUGUUAUGGAUGAUGCAUCUGAAUCUUGCUCUAUUUCAUUGCUAUGUCUUUAUCUUCUCUUUGGUAAUAAGCAAAUACUCGUAUGAACUGCCAGAGAGUAAACUAUCAACUACUCUGUCUUCCACACAAAGUACUUCACCAGGUUCUGUAAUUCAGCAUGCCCUCUGAUUUCAUGGUCGAACAUCUACUACCACUUGAUCGACAGGAUGCUAGCAAAAUAAUCAGGUUCGGAGUUACAUAUCUAUGAAUCUAUUUCUUGUAAUUUCUGUUGCCCUUCCGUUUGCGUGCUUUCAUUUUGUUGUGAAAGUUUUUCAGCAUUUGGCUCUCAAGUUUACCCAAGUGUUUUUAUUACAAGGAUUGGAAUAAGAUCACCAAAUCCGAGUGCUAGUCUUUGAGUUUUAGAAAUGUAGUAGUUCGUUCCUGUUUGCCUUA